GACGUCUUUCCCAGAACCAUGUCAAAGUGUUCAUUCAAACUAUCGGACUUUGAGAAGAUCGUCAGGUUCGAUCUAGAGGGCUCUGACGAACCCGCUGUGAUACACCUUUCAGUGCUCGCAAGAACGGCACUUCCCCAGCACCUGCUUGAGACACAAUGCGAGGCCGUUGAUGCUCGGGGUAUCGAAGUAUCUACCUUCAAGACCUUCUCAUCUUGGUUGUAUUACGACGACAAACAUGGCGCCAUUCAACACGGAUGCCGAAGCGGUGGUGGUACGGAACAUCUGAUGAAGUGCUAUGAAGCAGCCACACGCCUUAUUGCCAUCGAAGUCAAUUCGAAUUUACAGGAGAAUCGGCUAGCUCAUCAUCCUAUUCAAAUAUUCCGCAUCUUACACUACCAGUGCGCCCGUUUCAAGGAUGAUGUCAUCGAUGCUAUAGCAGCCAAAUGGAUGGAACAAAAUACGACACCAUCAGGAGAUGAGGCCGCUCUGGCCUACUCAGUUACCAAAGCUACUGAUGAUCCAUUACGGAGGCUGGUAGCCGACUUCUAUAUCUGGGGCGGAGGAAGGAGCACUGCUGUGAAUAUCGAUUUUCAGCGAGAUCUCAACAACAGCUUGAUCACGAAUAAUACCAAGAUGCGUGCCAACCUUGAUAAGAUCCGCCUCAUUGUAGAAAGCGUCAAUGAAGAUGAGCGCCUGACUAAAUUUUACCAGUCAGAGGCAGGGGAAGAGGAAGACUGGUUAUUCUCUUAUACGUCAAAGAAAAAGCAGAUGGUCCUCUCUGGGUGGGGUGAUGAACAAAACGACCGGAACAUCACUAAAUCGGCACUGAAGGCUUCUUUGAACUUGAAAAACAGCAAACUUAAAGAGAUAGCGCAAAUCAAGUCGCCAACAGCACCCUACGAGGAGAAUAUGGCACAAUACCACGAAGCCUCACAGUAUCACGAGGCAUUUGUAAAAGCACUGGAAACGGCUUACUGCAAGUAGAGAGCGGUUGGUUCUCAACUUCUGCAAAUGCACGGCACCAGAAGGCAGCUAGGGCCUGCUUCAAGGCAAGAUGACGCGUGACGUAGGAGACGGCAGGUAUGAGAUAUUUGAUGAGGGCUCUGCCUUAUAUCUGCAGGAAAAGUGAGACUCUAACUAAAGAAGAAGCUCUCACACCACUUAGUAGCGUUCUAAGCCGUCUUCCCAUCCAUCCCUCG